AUGUCGUCGACUUUGGCCCCAGCUGGCGCGACGGCCUCGCCCUCAACGCCAUCAUCCACCGAAACAGACCCGACCUCGUCGACUACCACAAGUGCCAAGAGAGCUCCGCUCGCGAUAACCUCGCCAAUNGCGCGCAAGUCGACGCGCGGCUAUCCGCACGUCAAUGUCGUCGACUUUGGGCCCAGCUGGCGCGACGGCCUCGCCCUCAACGCCAUCAUCCACCGAAACAGACCCGACCUCGUCGACUACCACAAGUGCCAAGAGAGCUCCGCUCGGGACAACCNCGUCAAUGUCGUCGACUUUGGCCCCAGCUGGCGCGACGGCCUCGCCCUCAACGCCAUCAUCCACCGAAACAGACCCGACCUCGUCGACUACCACAAGUGCCAAGAGAGCUCCGCUCGCGAUAACCUCGCCAAUGCCUUCCACAUCCUCGAGAAGCACUUUGGCAUCACGCCCACCCUCGACCCCGACACCAUGGCUCGGCUGGAGCACUCCGAGGACGAGGUGGUCAAGUACCUGGCCGCCGUGUACGAGGUCUUCCCCGACCCGCCGGAUCACAAUCCGCUGUGGGACGCGGAGAAGAUUCGCCGCAUCGACGAGUACAAGGAGCUGGCCAGCCGUCUGCUGGUCUGGCUGCGGGAGCACUUUGGCAUCACGCCCACGCUCGACCCCGACACCAUGGCCCGGCUGGAGCACUCUGAGGACGAGGUGGUCAAGUACCUGGCCGCCGUCUACGAGGUCUUCCCCGACCCGCCGGACCACAAUCCGCUGUGGGACGCGGAGAAGAUCCGCCGCAUCGACGAGUACAAGGAGCUAGCGAGCCGGCUGCUCGUUUGGCUGCGGGAGGUCAUCCCCAAGCUGAAGGACCGCACCUUCCCCAAUACCAUCCCGGAGAUGCUGCAGCUGCGCGAGGAGAACCGCCUCUUCCGCACGGAGGCGAUUCCGCCGAAGCUGCACGACAAGCAACGGCUCGCUAGCAGCUACGAGGACGUGCUGAACAUGGCCCGGGGCCUGCCCGGGAAGCACGUCAAAAUCGAGGAGGAGUACAAUAUAGCGCACAUUGAGGCCCUCUGGAGCAAGAUGAUCACCGCCCACCAGGAGCGAGACCACGCGCUCAAUGAGGAGCUGGCCCGCCUGGAGAAGCUCGAACGGCUCGCGGAGGCGCUGGUGAAGGAGAUUGACAUCUGUGAUAGCAAUCUCGACCAGCUGAAGAAGAGGAUCAGCGUGGAGGAGGGCCGGGUGCUGAAGCAGGACCCGCUGGAGCACAACCACGAGAUUGACAACAUUGCCCGCGACCUGGCGAUGGAGGAGGAGCGCAUCAAGGGGAUGUACGGGACGCUGAAGGUGCUCGCCGACGGUCGCUACCACCGGGUGGGCCAGCUGACGAACCAGGUCGAUUACCUGGCGAAGAAGCACCGCUCGCUGAAGGGCGUCUUUGAGAAGAACGUCGUGGAGGUGCUGGCCGAUCGGCGGGCAGCCGCCCUGCGCCGCCCCAAGACCGAGGAGGAGCUCAUCAGGGAGAAUGCGCUCUUCAAGUUUCUCCACGACUGCAUUCAGUGGUGUCUGGAGAAGCGCGCCUACCUCGAGUCGCUCUCCCUCGGCGAGGACGUCCACUCGAUCACCCGCCGGCUGGAGCAGUUUGUGGAGGAGCAGACGGCGAUUGGGCAGUUUGAGAGCAAAGUGGAGCGCUGCCACGCCGCCAAGCGGGACAUCAAGCCGGAGGAGAUGCCCAUCUACGCAAACAUGCUCAGCCGCCUCAACGUCGCCUACGAGGAGGUGAAGGGCUUUGCCGGGAAACGGGUCGACCAGCUGAAGUCGCUGCUGGAGUUUGUCAAAGCAGCGGAGCGGGAGCUCGCCUGGAUCGGCAGCAAGGAGGAGGUGGAGCUCGCCCGCGAUUGGUCCCUGAAGAACCUCAACCUCGAGGAGCUGGCCAAGUACCACUACUCGCUGGUGCGGGACAUGGAGGGCCGGGAGCGGGAGUUUAACGGAGUUCAAGCGAAGGGUGAGGCUCUGCUGCGUGAUCGUCACCCGAGCACAAAGUACGUCGAGUCGCUGAUGGCCCGGAUGCAGGGCAGCUGGAGCUGGCUGCUCCAGUUGAUCAACUGCCUUGAAGAGCACCUCCGCCACACCGGCGAGUACUACCACUUUAUGGAGGAGGUGGCGGAGACGAAGAAGGCGAUGAACUCCGUGGAGGACAAGCUGAACAACCAGUACAGUCGGCAGCACUUCCUGAUUGAGGAGGGCGAGAAGAUGCUGAAGGAGAUGGGCGAGCUGAAGGAGGACAUUGCCCGGAUCGGAGAUAAAGUGGUGGAACUGGAUGGCCGAGCGGGCACUAUCGUCAAUAUGAAGCAGCGAAAGACGCCCCUUCCGAGACCGAUUAAAAUUCGCUCUCUCUGCAUGAUCAACAACAAGGCCGAAAAAGGAGGUCAGGGUGUUACCAUCAACAAGGGCGAGACGGUGACGCUGCUCGACAACUCGCAGCGGCUCAAGUGGAAGGUCCAAACUUCGAAUGGAACUGAGCUGACCCUGCCCUCCGUUUGCUUCAUCAUCCCACCGCCCGAUCCGGACGUCCUCGACGCCAUGGCCGAGCUGAAGGCGAAGCAGGAGGCGCUGAUUGCGCUGUGGGCGGCGAAGCACCGCGAACUCCGCCAAAAUAUGAUCCUCCAGACGCUGAAGAUUGUCAAGGACUGGGACUACCCGACCUACUGUGCAAUGGACCCCAAGAAGAGGGACGGCAUUAUGCGCAUGCUCGAGGAGGACAUUGAUAAGCUGGCGAGGGAGGGCCCGCCGGACGAUCCGAAGAUUCGCCGCCUGCAGGACGAGCUGGAGGCGAUCAAGCGGAAGUUUGCCGACUUUGAGGCCCGUAAGCGGAAGGAGGAGGAGGACCGCCUCAAUGCGGAGAAGGUGGCCCGCUUUAUUGAGGCAGUGAAUGACAUUCUCGAGAAGCUGCAGGAGAAGGAGAGGAUUUUGAUGCAGCGAGCCUCCAAUGCCAUUCCCCGAGAUCGCCCAACGCUUGAAAGUCUGAUCCACGAGCACGCCGAGUUUGAGCACGACCUCGCCCGCUUCGAGUCGAAGAUCAAGUCGCUGAAGGAGGAGUUCACCGCCUCCAUCGCAAAGAUCAAGUCCCACGCGGCGCAGUCGAAGUACGAGGCGACGAUUGAGACCUGGGACCGGGUGACCACUCUCUCGAAGCACUACUCGGAGCGGCUGAAGGCCCUCGAGGUGGUCCUCGGCGACAUUGAGGCCGCCACUGGAACGCUGCAGGCGCUCCAGUCGAAGCUGACCGCCGCCGAGGAGGUGCCCGCCGAUGAGCUGGACCUGAAGCGGAUGCUCGCCGAGCUGGUGGAGGCGAACUCCUCGAUUUCCUCGAACAGCGCCGCCUUUGAGCAGCUGCUGAGUAAUGUCACGAAGGUGCGGCGACUGGUGGAGCGAACGCGGCCGAAGCAGGCCACCCACAGCGACCUGAGUCGGCUGGAGGAGGACGUGAAGACGGUGUACAAGAAGUGGAAGGCCGCCUCGGUGCAGAUUACGGAGCGCUUGAGCGGUCUGGAGCUGUGUCGCGACCUGCUGCGCAAGUACCGCUCGCUGAUGGACAGCGAGAAGGGCUGGCUGUCGGCCACCGGGGCGAAGGUGAAGACGAUGCUCAACCGGGCUGAUUUGGAGAGUGUUACCAAAAUCUACGAAAGCAUCGUCCAGCGCAAGCCCUCCAUCGAGGACACCAACAUCGCCGGCGGCCGCUUCAUCAGCGAGGCCAAGUCCCUCAACGUGAAGAUCAAGGCCUACCGGGAGAGUGUCGCCGAGGAAGGUGCCAGCGGGCGUGGUCAUGAGCCGCUCAGCGCCAAACGGGCGCGCAAGUACACCGGCGUCGAGGCGGUGGAGCAGGAGUUGGAAGCGUUGAAUCGAGAGUACAAGGCACUGCUCGAUCAGAACUCUAUCGCCGACAAGCUGAAGGACUGGCUGGGGCAGAAGGAGAAGCUCAUCUCGGUGCUGGGCCCCAUUGCCAGCGAGCCGUACAUUGUCAACACGCAGCUGAAGCAAAUUAACGUGAUGAAGGACGAGUUCAGCUCGCAGGAGGGCAACCUCGCAAAGAUGGACAAGCUGGGCAAUUCGAUCCUAGAACGAGUAGAUCGAUCCAGCCCUGCCUUCAAGGGCGUCCAGCACAAGAUGGCGGACAUUCACAAGAGCUGGAAGGAGCUACUGGCCGUUCUUGAUGAGCGCGAGAAGAACCUGCAGGCGGUGAGCGCCGCGGCGGCGGACUUUGCAGCCAAACUCGCCAAGCUCAACUCGAACCUCGAGACACUGUCGAACGAGUUUGAGCAUAUCACCAACAGCGGCCUCGAUGCUGAUGAGCAGCUGCUGAAGAUCACCAACCUGGAGGAAAGCCUGGAGGGGCAGCGACCGUUGCUAGCGGAGUGCGGAAAUGCAGCGAACUUCCUCUGCACACUACUGACCGAUGCCGCCUCAAAGACGGAAAUCAAGGAGAAGUUCAAGGCGGUGGAGGCCCGCUACAAUGACCUCUGCCGACGGGUGGCCAACCGGAAGGGCGAGCUGCAGAGCUCGCUGAAGGAGGACCGGGAGUUCUUUAUGAGCUGCGACGAGCUGCAGGAGUGGCUGCGAAAUAUGCUCAACCUCCUCUCAAAGGACAUUCGAAUUUCUGCCGUGCUGGAGAUUGUGACCCGGCAGAUCCACGACUUUGAGCCGAUCUACCGGCAGGUGAUGGACAAGGAGCACGAGGUGCAUAUGGUGCUCAACCGCGGGGCGAACAUUCUCAACAAGGCCGGAAGUAGUCGGGGGGAUGCGGCCAACUGGCGACACACACUGGACAAUAUCAAGCGACAGUGGGAGCUGGUGAAGAAGGAGGCGAUUGAGAAGAACACGAAGCUGCACAAGUGCCUCGAUGUCUGCCGGAAGUACAAUGCCGCCCUCAAUGAGCUGGUGCCGCUGCUGAAGGGCUACGAGGCGAAGCUGGCCGCCAGCCGGGACAUUUCCCUGCACCGAGCUGACCUGGAGCGGCAGUUUAGAGAUAUUCAG